AUGCUUAGAACAAUUCAACUGGCAGCAACAAAGGCAGAUGCGAUGCACACUCGUCGAACUACAUCACUUCUAUUGUUAGCGAGUAGCUCAUGGCUCCUCUGCUCUCUCUUCCUCGCUCCUGUGGACGCCGAUCAGCGGGCCUCGUACAUUGUCCACAUGGACAAGUCCGCCAUGCCGCCGCAGCUCUCCGGCCACCGUGAGUGGUACUCCACCGUGCUGGCGUCUCUAGCAGCGGCAGCCGACUCACCGGACGGCGCCCUUGGCGAGCAGCCACGGCUUGUCUACGCCUACGACGAGGCGCUCCACGGCUUCGCGGCCACCCUCUCGUCCUCGGAGCUCCGCGCCCUGAACCGCGCGCCGGGCUUCGUCUCGGCAUACCCGGACCGCCGCGCCGACGCCUCUCACGACACCACGCACUCCACGGAGUUCCUCCACCUCAGCCCGUUCGGUGGGCUGUGGCCGGCGGCCAAACUCGGCGAGGGUGUCAUCAUCGGCGUGAUCGACACCGGAGUGUGGCCGGAGAGCGCGAGCUUCGAUGAUGCCGGCAUGAGCCCCGUCCCGUCCCGGUGGCGCGGCGCUUGCGAGCCGGGCGUGGCGUUUGCCGCCUCUACGUGCAACCGGAAGCUCAUCGGAGCGCGUUACUUCAACAGGGGUUUUGUCGCCGCGAACCCUGGCGUGGUCAUCAGCAUGAACUCGACACGCGACAUCCUAGGCCACGGCACGCACACCUCAUCCACCGCAGCGGGCAGCCCCGUGCCGGGCGCGUCUUUCUUCGGGUACGGGCUUGGCACUGCCCGCGGAGUUGCCCCGCGUGCUCAUGUCGCCAUGUACAAGGUCAUCUGGAACACAAAGGGGCCCCAAUACGCGUCUGACGUGCUGGCUGCUAUGGACGCGGCAAUCGCGGACGGCGUCGACAUCAUCUCCAUCUCAAUGGGUUUCGACGGCGUGCCGCUGUACGAGGACCCCGUGGCCAUAGCUGCGUUCGCCGCCAUGGAGCGUGGUAUCCUCGUGUCGGCUUCAGCGGGAAAUGAAGGCCCACGCCCCGGCAGUUUGCACAACGGCAUCCCAUGGCUGCUCACCGUCGCGGCUGGCACGGUGGACCGGACAAUGUUCUCCGGCACCGUAACUUAUGGCAACACGACGCGAGGCACCAUAACUGGUUUCACGAACUACCCUGCGAACGCUUGGGUGGUGGACAUGAAGUUGGUCAUCUCAGCGUGCAACUCCUCAGCGUCGCUAGCGAACGUAACGACGAGCAUAGUCGUGUGUCACCACACGGGGAGUGUCCUCGAUCAGCUGGUCACCGCGGCCGAGGCCGGGGUCGCCGCGGCCAUCUUCAUCAGCUCGGAAGACGUGUCAUUUUUUUGGACGAUUUCCGAGGACACCAUGUCGUUCCCAGCCAUUUUCAUCAGCCCGGAAGACGCAUCGGCGCUACUGAGCUACAUCAACUCCACCAUAAUCCCGACGGCAACAAUGAAGUUCCAGCAGACGAUCCUCGGCACACGGCCAGCGCCUGUGGUUGCCGCGUACUCCUCUCGGGGGCCGUCGCCUAGCUACCCCGGCGUGCUCAAGCCGGACAUACUAGCUCCUGGGGACAACAUUCUCGCGUCGUGGGCACCCGUGGAUCCACAUGGAACGAUAGGGGAGACCACGCUGGGCAGCGACUUCCUCGUCGUGUCCGGGACGUCGAUGGCGUGCCCGCACGCCAGCGGCGUGGCGGCGUUGCUUCACGCGGCGCACCCGGACUGGAGCCCGGCCAUGAUCAAAUCGGCGAUGAUGACCACUGCGACCAGCAACGACAACACAUUCCGCCCAAUCAUGGACGCCGGCGCCAGCCGCAAGGGCAACUCCACCGCGGCGAGCCCGCUGGCCAUGGGCUCCGGGCACGUUAGCCCCAACUCGGCUAUGGACCCGGGGCUGGUGUACGACGCCGGGCCGAAGGACUUCGUGGCGUUCCUCUGCGCCGCAAACUACACCGGAGCCCAGAUCGCGGCGAUCACUAGGUCGUCGACGGCGUACAACUGCUCCUCCUCGUCGAACGACGCGAACUGCCCGUCGUUUGUGGCCAUCUUCGGCGCCAACGCUACCACCGGGGAGAUGCGCUUCGGCAGGACGGUGACCAGCGUCGGAGCGGGUCCGGCGACGUACCGCGCCUCAUGGGUUUCGCCGAGCAACGUUGCCGUGGCCGUGACGCCGGCAACGCUGGAAUUCGGCGGCGCAGGGCAGAAGGCCUCGUUCGAGGUAGACAUCAAGCUCACCGCGCCUACUCCCGGAGGCAAGGCCGCCUACGGGGCCGUGGUGUGGACCGACACCAGCCGCAAGUAUCAUGUGAGGACUCCCUAUGUCAUUCUUUGA